CCUCACUCAGCUAUUCUACGUUCCCCACUCCACCAUGUCCAUCUACUCCCUCCCCAAUGAGGUCCUCGCCCUCCUCCCCUCCUAUCUCGACAACAUUGAAACCUUCACCAGCGCCUCAUCCUCGUGCCGUCUCCUGCGCGACAACUUCGCGACUGCCUCUCCCGCCACCAUCCUCCGCCUGGCCGCCGCCUCGGCCCCGACCUUCUUCUCCCCACACCCGCACUUCCUCGUCGCCGCCACCGCCCGACAAGCCAGCGACUGGGCGCUAGGCGAUGCCGACCGCACCGCCCUUCUCCACGAAGCCCUGCGCGGCGGCAUUUGGGGGCUGUACGACUUCUGCCUGGCGUACGCGGGGUUAACGAUGGCAGACAUCCGGCGGCUGCAUCUCGCGCGCUUCGACAUCCUCAACCCGCUCUCCGACCGCAUCGACAAGAUGGCCGGGGCGCAGUGGUAUGAGACGGAGAAUUUCUGGGACGGCGGGGUGAGCGAGCCGUACACAAUCGAGACCGAGGCCGACCGCGCCGCCUUCCAAAUUAUCAUCUACGGGGAGCUGUUCGGAGGCAGCAUGGAGGCGUUUUUGGCGGCUGGUGGGCAACGGCCCCCGGCGACGAUGCCGGUACAUUCCAUCGAGACACGCAUCGAGUACAUCAAAUAUUGCGUGCCGGAUUGGGUCUGUAAGAAGGGCUAUCAGGGGUUUGAGCCGCCAUUGAAUGUCGGGCCCUAUGCAGAGGAGGUAGCGGAGUCCCUGCCCGGUGAUCAAACCUCUUUAUAUCAUAUCCUGACGUGUCGGCGGUGGAGGCGCAUGUGGGCCGGGGCGAUGAUGAUGAUCGCGGGGGAGGAGCAGGAUGGAGAGAUCGAGGAUGAACUCACCGAGGAGGAUUGGCGCACGCGAUUGUGGCGCGAUGCGUUGGUGACGCAAGGGCUUUGGGGAAUGCAGCUGGUGACCAUGUCGGAGGAGCGGGUGGACAAAAAGUGGUUGGAGAAAGGGCGGUGGGUGAGGGAGCAGAUUUUGAAGCUCGAGGGGCCGUUGGAGAGUCGCAGGAUCGGCGAGAAGCGGCAGAUUGUGGUUUCGUUGGCGCCAGAUCCGAGUCAGGAUGUCUUUGUUUGUAUGGCAGGGAUGUGGAGGCUGUAAUGCGUGGCACCCCUACGUACUUGUACACUUGUACUUCAUGUUGAACUCAAUUGUGUGCACUUUUCUGAUGACACGGACGGCUCCUUAUCUGCUUGUUAUCACUGAUCAAUACGAACACGACGCGAGACGGCUUUCUUUCAUUCCUACCAGCUCCACCGAGUAUCCGCGGGGAUUAACAAUCAAUUUGUAAAGAAUCUCACCUCAGCGCAUGACCUCCACACCCCGCAACGGAAGCUCUAAGGACCGAUCAAUUAGUCCGGUAAGCUAGUCCGUCGAGUGGGGAAAACAACCUUAUUUAUCUGCCGUGCUUCCCGCUUCCCCUCAACUUCUCUAUUGCUUUCCCUUGUCAGCUGCUGCACUGAAGAAAU